UAAAUGACAUAUUAAUGGUAGAGGUUAGCGACGGUGUAUUGAUAUUUUUAUUAUAGUUAGUUUUAAUUAUGCCUUACUGGUAUUAUGAUAAGAAAGAUCUACAGAACACGCCGUCAUUUCGAGAUGCAAUCAACAAUGAGACAGAGAACCGCUACCGUAAGGAGGGCGCGAGAUUCAUCAUUGACACUGGUUCGAAGAUGGACUUAGGUUAUAAUACAGUUGCCACUGGUGUUGUUUAUUUUCAUCGGUUCUACAUGUUCCAUUCGUUCAGGACAUUCCCUAGGUAUAUAACCGCGUGUUGCUGUUUGUUUCUGGCGGGAAAAGUUGAGGAGACUCCAAAGAAGUGUAAAGAUAUAAUCAAAGUGGCCAAGUCUUUGCUUACCGAGCAGAAAUUCGCGACGUUUGGUGAUGAUCCUAAGGAAGAAGUGAUGACUUUGGAGCGAAUCCUGCUGCAGACGAUCAAAUUUGACUUGCAAGUGGAGCACCCUUAUGGAUAUCUGCUGAAAUAUGCCAAGUGCCUGAAAGGUGAUAAAGCUAAGUUACAGAAAAUGGUACAAAUGGCGUGGACCUUCGUUAAUGACAGUUUAUGCACAACACUAUGUCUACAAUGGGAGCCGGAAGUUAUAGCAGUAGCGCUGAUGUUUCUUGCGGGGAAACUUAGCAAGUUUGAAGUUGUGGAUUGGAACGGACGGGCAACCAAGCAUACUGCGUGGUGGGACAUGUUUGUUGAAGAUAUCACUAUGGAGUUGCUAGAGGAUAUAUGUCAUCAGGUUCUAGACUUAUAUUCGCCACAAACCCAGCCCUCGGGCGCGGACUCUCCGCCGAUGUCAAAUUCGUCGAAGACUCCAAAAAACUCCCAGAAGCCCCCGUCAGGUACACCGCCAGCUUCCGCAUCGCCUGUCGCGCCUGUCGCCACUAAGCCUGCGGCCACGCCGGUCAAGAAUGGCGGGGAGUUAAAGCCCGAACCACCCAAGUUGGAGCCACCACCGAGGUUCAACUUCGUCCAAGCGCCUCCAUCAUACACGGCCAUUCCCCCACUGGCCCCAUUCCCGACAAUGCCGGCAUACGGCGCCCCUCCCCCCAACAUGCCGCGGUUGCCCCUCAUGUACACAGAACCUCCCCCCGCAGGUCCCAGGUAUCCUCCCCCGCACCCGCCCCCCUCUCACCCCGCUGUGAGCGUGCCCCCUCCCUACUACCCCCCUAUCCCAGCGCCGCCCCCGAGACCGUACUUCCCGCCGCCGUAGCGACAGAAGAAUACAAUAGUAUAAUUUUUUACUGAAAUAUAAAGUGAUGGUCUGCCGA